GGGGUCCCUGGCUCCCUUCCCCUUUAAAUGGGGAGCCAGGAAGGAGCCCCCUCCCCACAGGCACACCUGGAGGUCUUAAAGGGGCCGCCGCCCCUUCCUCGCCUGCCUCUGGCUUGGGAUGGAGCUUCACCUGCCUUGCCGGGCUUUCUGGGCCAGCCUCCACCUCCGGAGCGGCCUCCUCGACUGGGACAUGGCCGCGGAGCUGGGCCUGGGACCCCCGCCCCAAGGUCUCGCUUCUCUGGCCGCCCCAGAGGGAGGCAGGCAGCCGGAAAGGCCCAAGGACGAGGGAAAGGAUGCUCACAGGACCGAGGUGAAGCCCCAUUUGUGGAUGUGGGUUGACCCCAACAAGGUCUGCCCCAUCCCCGGGAGGGUCUUCUCUGUGCCGGAGACCCCUUCCCCGCCUGGCGACGCCCCUCCUGCAGACCCCCAGGAGCCGCCCUCCGACCCAGAUGGCACCCAGAAGGACCCAGUCGUGUCUGCUGCUGGUGAAGCAGAGAAGGCUCCCUCUGGGGCGGGCCCUGGGGGUCCCCCAAAGGCCCCGGGGGGCCUGGACGCCCCCGCCCCGAAGCCCAAGAAGCCCCAGGCCUUCCGGUCCCACGGCCGGCGGCUGAAGCGGACCCAAGGGGAGUGGCCGCGGCCCCCGCUCAACUACUGCAUCCUCAUCAGCCUGGCCCUCCGCAGCAGCGUGGACAGCAGCCUCACCGUCCAGGAGAUCUACCAGUUCACCAGGCAGCACUUCCCCUUCUUCCGGACGGCUCCCGAGGGCUGGAAGAACACGGUCCGGCACAACCUCUGCUUCAGCAGCAGCUUCGAGAAGACCACGGACUUUGUCUGCCUGGAGGGGAGCCGCAAGUCCCGGCUCUGGCGGCUGACCUCGGAGGGACGGCGCCGGUUCCGGGAGGAGGCCCAGGCACUGCCCACCGACCAGAUGGGCCUCGUGCACCAGAGCAUGGACCGACCCGAGCUCUUGAGGCCCCUCUUUGGUCUCUGAGCCGCAUGUUGUACAUGAAUCCAGAAGGAAGCUGUUGGUGAAAGCAGGGCCUUCCUUCUGCCCGGCAGAUGUGCGGCUGCUGGGAGUUGUAGUGCAGGGACGUUCCAAGGGCCCUGGCGGCCCAGACGGGGUGAGGACAACUGCCGUCGUGCAGGACCGGGCUGAGCAACCCCUGCGGGAAGGGGCAGCUGCGCUCAACCACUGGCCAAAGGCGCUUUGAAGAAAGAGCGCCUUGCCUGCCUAAGUGCCUCUCGGGAUUUACUUUAAUAAUUUUCUUCUUUUUGGGGAAUUAUUUUUUGGAGGAAAUCCUUGCACAAUAAAUGCUUUCAAGCCAC